AUGUCGUUUUGGGUUGGCCUGUCCCUGCUGUUCUGCCUUCCUCGGCAGAACCUCGGCGACCUCUGCGAGGAAGAGAGAGCAGAGGUGAUGCUCCUGCAGUCCCAGGUCCGAGUGGAAAGCUCGGUUCUUGACGUCCGGUUUGUGGGGCGCAGCUUUUUCUCCACGGAUCCGGUGAGCUCUGCUGGAUGGUGGCUGAGAUACAGCACUUCCCACUCUCUGAAUGUGUAUGGCCUGCCGGUCAUGGGCCUGGUGGAGGCCGAGGCAGCGGCAGCCGUUCAGAUCACUUCUCCGGAAGGCAACGUGGAGCAGCUUUACUUUCUGAAGGCACCGAGUUGGAGGAGCGAGCAGAACUUGACCAUGGAGGACUUCGUGAGCGCAGCGGAGAUGUCCUGGGCUACGGUGAUGGAUAAGAAGCAGCUCUAUACCCCGUGGACGGACUAUCAUGACGGCCAUUUGGUGGACACGAUGAGGAUCGAUAACUUUCAGGCAGACAGGCAUCAUUUCCAGAACUAUGUCCCGCAACAAGUGAACGAGUCUACGAAGAGAGUUAUCCGCGCCUACAUCCCUAACACGACCUGGACCAUGGAAUGGUUGGCAGGCUUCGGCACGUUGACGACGCUGCCUCUGGAGUAUAUGGAUACAGAAGCUACGGCAGAUCCAGAUGCCUGCCGGAAAGACGAUCGCCCAACCAAGAGAGACAUGUGGUGGAAGAGUACUUUUGCAGUGACCAACGCCUCUACUGCUCGAGACUUUGCCAUCAGAAUUCUGGGAGCCACCCCUGCAAGUCCUCCGUUUCCAUGGCCACCGAAUAAGGACUGCAUCUCAGCUCAGUGGGUCACCUUGCCUUACAGCGGCCGUCUUGACUGGAAAGCCUUGCAGCUGCACUUCGUGGAAGAUCCUGUCUACCGCAGUACCUUGCACGGCAUUCCAGCGUUCCAUCAACAUCAGCAAGAGUUCGCGCAAAGCCACAGAGACUGCAUCAACAGUUUUAUGCUCAAUAACCUGGUCUUAGAGGCCGAGUCCUUGGAUCCCUUCAUCAAACGCUUAUCGCAGGCCUCUGCAAGCUACCUUGUCUCUCAGGUCCGUGUGGCGAAUUCUAAACAUAACGCCAAGUACGCCUUGAUAUUCUCCUUUCCCGGCAAUGAAGGGGUGACCAUCCAGAUUCGCAGUGCACAUGUGAGUGCUGCCUCCCCUACACCUUUCAGGCUGUGUGCGUAG